GACUCCAAAAUGAAAGCAGGGAUUUGCCUUCUUCUCUUAUGUGAAAUGUGCAUUGAAUUAAGCACAUCUCUUGGCAAGCCUGGAAAUCGAAAGAAAGAUAAAGGGAAGAAUUGUUUGCCGAAUCAUGAGAAUGAAUGUAGCACUAUGAACCAACUUUUGCAUAGAAGCACCGCUGAGCCAUUUGCAGAGCAAGUCCCUCUAGAGUUCACUCUUUACAACCUCACUGAAAAGAACAUGGAUUUUGGAUUCAAUCUCUACAGGAAAAUAGCACUGAAGCAUGACAAUAACGUGUUCUUCUCCCCGCUCUCUGUGUCAUUUGUGAUGGCUGUCCUCAUGCUCGCGGCUGAAGGGGAAACCUACAAGCAAAUCAUUCAGGGUACAAACCUCCAUCUUUUUCAGGGCAAAGAGAAUUUUCAUCAGUUGCCAGCUUUGUUUAAACAAUUGAAAGAUAACAUCACAGAGAAUGAAGAGCUUGUUCUGCAGAGAGGUAGUUUUUCUUUUAUUCAAAAAAAUUUCAGACUCAAGGAGCCUUUCCUUAAUCUAUCCAAGCAGUACUUUGAUAUGGAAUUCUUAAGUGUGGAUUUUCACAACUCCACCCAAGCAAAAAAUGUCAUAAAUCAGAAUAUUAACAAGAAGACCAAAGGAAAAAUCCCAAAGCUUUUUGAAGAACUUGACCAGCAUGCUAAACUGGUUCUCGUGGAUUACGUUCUCUUUAAAGGCAAAUGGCUGCACCCAUUUAAUACAAGAUUCACAGAACUGGAGACUUUCCAUAUAGACAAGUAUAGGACCGUACAGGUGCCCAUGAUGUUUAAAUCAGACAAGGUUGCCUCAACUUCGGAUAAGAACUUAGGAUGCAUUGUGCUAAAACUUCCCUACAGAGGGAGUGCACACAUGCUUAUUGCCAUGCCGGAAAAGGAGGGAGAUUACGCUUCACUUGAAGACCACAUAACAGCAGAGCUUGUGGAAUCGUGGCUUAGAAACAUGAAGACCAGAAAAAUGGACGUUUUCUUUCCAAAGUUCAAAUUAGACCAGAAAUACCAGAUGCAUGAACUGCUUCCUGCUCUGGGAAUUAAAAACCUGUUCACAAUGAACGCAGACCUGAGUCAACUUACAGAUCAAAGAUUUGUAAAAGUAUCAAAGAUUAUCCAAAGAGCAGUAAUUGAAGUGGAUGAGAAAGGAACUGAAGCAGCAGCUGUUAGUGGGUCAGAAAUUACUGCAUACUCAAUGCCUCCUACCAUUAAAGUGAAUCAGCCAUUCCUCUUUAUGAUUUACGAAGAAACUUUCAAAACAUUGCUGUUCAUGGGCAGAGUGGUUAAUCCUACAGAACUGUAA